GCUCACUUCAGUUCGCCGCGAGUCGUCGGUUGGGUUGUAUCGUUUUUUGAUUUCUUCUCGAGUCGUUUUCUAGCCUGGCGAUUUCCUGCGCAAAGUUUGGGAAUGUAUCCCGCGCGAACUCGUUGAAUGUCAGUGAGCCGUUCGCACGAGCAAGAACAACAGAGGGGUCUGAGAGUCGGUUGUAGCCAGAGGCCGACAACAUGAGGAACUCGACGUUACUGAAAUGGGCGCAAAAUUCGGCGAACAAUAAAAAUCAGCCGAGUAAAAACGGAGGAACGAGUAGGAACUGGAUACACCCACCGGACGCGCUCCAAAAAGGACAUAUCGCCUACCUAGUCAAGUAUUUGGGCAGCACAGAGGUGGACCAACCUAAAGGCAUCGAGGUCGUUAAAGAAGCGAUCUGCAAACUGAAAUUUAAUCAGCAGCUCAAAAAGAGUGAGGGCACGAAAACUCCAAAGGUCGAGCUCACCAUAAGCAUCGAUGGCGUGGCGAUACAAGAACCAAAAACGAAAACGACACCCAAGCGAAUUAUGCAUCAGUAUCCAUUACAUAGAAUCUCGUACUGUGCUGACGAUAAAGGAGAAAAGAAGUUUUUCAGUUUCAUCGCGAAGGAAGAAGACGCGGAGAGGCAUACGUGCUUCGUUUUUGUCAGUGACAAACUAGCGGAGGAGAUCACGCUAACUAUCGGCCAGGCCUUCGAUCUGGCUUACAGAAGGUUUUUAGAAACAUCCGGCAAGGAUCUAGAGACGCAACGACGUUGCAUGGUGCUGCAGCAGAAAAUAAAGCGGCUUGAGCACGAGAACAAUGUUUAUCGGCAACGAUUGCAAGACGUCGCGACUAUUAAAGGCUCGGCGGAUGUAUCAGCGUACUUGUCACAGCAUAAUAUACCCGAUAUUCUACACGUACCUGGAGCUCCUGCAGAUUCACCGCAAAUCAAUGGUUCGACUAGCAAGCCAUUAUUAAACAUGAGUGACAGCAACGGAAAUACGUCUAAUGGACCUCAGCAACCGCCGCCAGUUCCGCCGAGGAGUUUCGAGAAGAGUUUUGAUGAUGAUUUCAUGGGAAAUGAGCCAGCGCCAAUGCCGUCGGUUGGUACCAAAUUAGAAGGGCUGUUAAUGGACGAGUUUGAGGAAGAUUUCAAUCCAAGAGCUUACGAGACCGCAACAAACGGUCUUGCUAACCACCAGUCAAAUAACAAUCCGCUUCUUAACGGUCAGAUAUCUUCGGGCUCGAACUUCUUCUCGCAAUCUAACGGCACAAUCAGUCCCCCGCCUCUGCUGGCGCCACCACCAAAGACGAAAGAUUCGAGACGUCAAAACGGAAUCAAGGAAGAUCUAUUUGGUAGCAUUCCUUUCAAUCCUACGCCAACUUUAAAUAUGAAGAAUGAAUUUAAGGAUCCGUUUGAAAUGGGAGAAUUCGGAGCUUCAACCAUGACAUCUAAUCCUAGCCAGCAAGAAUUGGAAAACGCUAUUGGUCUAUUAGACAAGAAGCUGCUGGAAAUGAAGGAUGGUUUUAGUAGAGGGCUGUGCAUCGGAACUGAUGAUUUUUCUUUGGAGAGCUUGGACCCGCUGCGAAAUUAGGUACGCCAAUCGGAUUGGAAGCUACAAGCGUUCGAACGAAAAUUUUAUUAGUGCUCUUAGAAUGCUGAGUACGAUACUAAUUAACGGAUAAAGUAAUUAGAGAUUAUGUCCGUGUAAAACCAAAAUUAGUCAAUUAUUACUAUUAUCCUACUCGUAUAUUUAUGAUCAUGUUCGAUAUUUAUGGUAUACAUAUGUGAAAUAAUUCUGUAAGCGUGUAUUCUUUCUACACUCGCUGGUAAUCUACGUUAUUCUAUCCGUCGCUUUAGACCUGGGGUCCAAUCCAAACGUGUUUAUCAUUGUUAAUGAUGAGUCAAUGAGACGAGAUCUCAAGUCGACCAUUAGAGUGGAAUGAAAUAAUAUUCUAAUCGAGACAACAUAAUUGUUAGACGAGAAUUUGUUAUAGAUAUAUAUACACCCACUUAAAAACUCUUAUCGCGAAUCUCAUAUCGACGAUGGUAUGCUUGCGUCUUUCAUAUUUUUUAACGAAAUAUAAAAAAAAACUGAAUGUUAAUGAAUGUUAUAAUGCUGUAGCUACACUGAGUCGGAUCAUUGGUGGCGGCCGAGCAAUUUCUUUUAUUUUAAAGCUGCAAUUAAGAGAAGUUGAUAAUAUAUUAUAUGUUUUGUAUAUAAUAUAUUAUGUCGGCCUAGUUUGAUUCAAAAUCAUCAUAUUGUUCAAUCGUCUGUUGGAAAGUGAGCUAGUAGACGAAAAAAAUGGAGCACUAACCGUGGUAGCGUUUAGAGAUCACACUAAUAAUAUGAACGCAUAGCUUUCAUAGUCUGUCGAUUGAACUCAUACACUCAGCAUAUCCUCUUUCUAUGGUCUGUCGUACAUACCUUCAUCUUUCUUUUAAUACGCGAACGUAAGCGGAAGGAGAAAAAAGUUAAUUAUAGGAAAAUAUGAGAAAACUUCUGGCUGUAGACUUUACGGUAAUUUCUACGAUCCGACCAAAUGUACAGCGUUAAACGCGUUCAUGUUUAUCGCUACAUAAAGAGGAUUAGUAAUUAUGUACAUAUGAAAUAUUGUUGCUAUAUUGUUUAAGGAUCAUAGUUAAGAAUAUAGCAUAUAUGAUUAUUACAACUGAAAUAUUGAAUAUCCAAUGCGUCUUCCUUAUACUCUGUAUAUUAAAUUUCGAAAUAAUCUGAAA